AUGGCGACGGCUGUACCUUACGGUGGAGAGUCCAUGAGACAUUGGCAGUUUACUGCCUUUGAAUGGGUGGCGCGAGAUGUACAGAAACUACGCGAAUAUGUGGAGAGCCCAGAGUUCGCCGAACGAGCCGUUGGCGAGAACGCUGAUGCGAACGAGGAUUUUGAGGUCUUGCGCGAGUCGCCUGUACUUGGAGAUGGGAAGUUCAAACUGGAAAUAGCGCGCACGCAGAACCGCGACCUGGAGUUUGGCACGUCCACAGAGCAGACAACACUAUCGCUUUACCUCACAUGUCUUACACUCGAUUAUCCCACCGCGGACUACGAGAUUGGCGCAUCUAUGAUGGCAGCUAUCAAGUGCCAGGACGAUGUGGUUGGCGAACGUGGAGCACGAGCGGACUGGGCGUGGGAUACAUGGCAGAGUGAAUGGACGUUUAGGCAGGGAAACGAAGUGUGGCAAUGCCCGCUUCCUCCAUUAUCGUCACUUUUGGAGAACCCUCGCAUACAGAAGACCGACUCAUUCGUCAUAUGUGUGCAGAUCCAUAGUCCAGUGGGACCGUUCUUUCCUACGCAUCCAGCCGCGUACUACGUGCCGAAGGACUUACUGGAGGGGCUUGAGUCUUCUCUCGACAAUGCCAACACCGGCGAUGUGCGCUUCAUCUGCCUGGAACGCAUGCCUGCGCAACAACCAGGUGCUCCAUCGCCAACACCUCCGCACAGCGCGACGUCGCAGAGCAGGCGUUCGUCUUCAUCAUCAUCGCAUUCGUUCCCGGCGCAUACGACGGCAAGGAAACGUGUCAUCUAUGCGCAUUCAGAUAUCCUUUCACGACGCUCCGACUACUUCGCCACCAUGUUGUCCUCGACCUUCGCCGAGGCAAGUGCACACAGCUCAGACCGCAAACUGCACACCAUCGUUGUCGAGGAAGCGGACUUCGUGACAAUAUACUGGUUGCUGAAAUGGGUCUACGCCAACUGGCUUAUGUUCGCCGACGAGGAUGAUCCUCGCGCAGCAGUCGAAGGCCUCGGCGCAGGCUGGAGUGCGAAGUGGUUGCAGUCCUCUGGCAUCUCUGGAGAGUGGGACUGGAAGACCUUCAACAAGGCACAUCCCCUCAACGAGUUCCACGACGAGCUGCGCAGUGCCACCAGCGGCGAGAGCAUUCACUCAGCCGUCGGUGAACAGGCCAAAGUCGAGACAAGACCUCGCGGUGGUCCAGCUGCACCCGGCCCAUCGAAGUCCAUGACGACGCAGCCGCAGACGGCUGUGCGUCCUGGAGCGACAGCAGCAUCUGGACCUUCGCGUAGGGUCACAGGUCCUGCUCUGAACACAUCGCAGUCUGGUGCUCCAAGUCGGACCAAACCAGUGCCCAUUCCUGGCGCGCCUCCUUCGCACUACCCAUUGUCACCUCGAGCACACCGUCCUCCCGUAAUACCGAGCGUCGAUCCGCACCCGCACCCAACGCCUGCGCCCCCGCCGGCAUCGGCGCUAUCGGUGUAUCAAGUCGCACAUCGUUACGGGAUGCCUGGACUCGCCGCGCUCGCUCUGGAGCAUAUCAUGUCGACUAUCACGCCUCAGUCUAGCUUUGCGCUGUUGCUUGCAUCGUCGAUUUGGGAUGAGCUCCAUCUGUUGGUUGAAGACUACAUUGUUGAGAAAUGGGAGGAUGUGUCGACAUCGGAGGAGUUUGAGCGGUGCUGCGAGGAAGUCGCCGCCGGAGACUGGGGCUCAGAUGGCGGCAAGACCCUCAUGGCGUUGUUCAGGCGCUUGCGGUCCCCGGCCGCUUACACGCGCGGCUGA